AUGAAUGUUGAAGAGCAACCCAGCAUACUACCAGAAAAGGUAACAGAGAAGACCGCGGAUGAGAUACUAAAGGGGGGCAAGAAGGUGGUGCUCCAACUCCUUCAUUUCAGUGAUCAAGACUGGAUUGACUGGCUCACCUCAGAUCUCAUCCGCCCCUACUGGAUAGACCUAUGGACUGAUUGCCUUCUGAACAAGAACCAGACCAAGCAAGGAGUCGGGCUGGCCGUUGUACAGGAAGCAAUUAUCAAAGGUGAAAGCCAUGGAGAGAAGCAGUACAACAAGAGAAAAGCUCAGAAUAAGCCAAAAACAAGAGCAGCAAAAAGACGCCAACAGGAAGAGGCAGACGAGCCAGAGGCAGACGAGCCAGAGGAGACUUCGCCCAGCCCCAGCCGAAGCCCCAGUACAAGCCCGAGGCGAGCAGAACAGAAGCCAUGGAUGGAAGAGGCUCUCAGUAAGACAAAAAAGAUUGUCCUGAGUCAUGAGAGUAGUACUUUUAAUAUUGCCGAGCCAUUUUGGCGUUUUAUCAAGAUUACUGCAGCAUUAAUGCGUUCGAAGCCAAAGUCAGUCCAGGAGGCUGAGGAUAUGGUCAUCCUGGCUGACAGUGCUGGGACCGGCACUACUAAGACCAGCACUACUGAGACCGGCACUGCUGAGACUGAUCAUUCAAAAGGCAAAUCUUCACGCCGCAAGAGGGCGAAAAAGAAGAAGCCGAAGGCAGAUCUGAGCAAGUUACUUGAGAACAAUAUUUUCAAUAGUAAUUUUUAUGAGACUGCAGAGAACCUGGAAUAG